AUGACUCUGUCAAUAUCUGUGCGCAUGGCCGUCAUCCCCGACAGUCUCAACGGCAAGUCGGGGUAUACAGAGCUGCAUAAUCAGCUGAAAAUUUCUAAUCAAGUCUUUCUGUUGCACCACUUUGACAGGGUAUCGGACAAAGGGCGUCACAACGUCACAAGUUCCGUCGGCGAGAAGGGAGAUGGCCCCACCGUCAGGGGUCACUCGGAGGCGUUGGAGAAUUCCUCGCCGAGGCGCAGCCGAUCGCGUCAGUCGCACAACCAAGAUGAGGAGAGAAUGGAACGCCAGCGGAGGGAGGAGCAGUACCAGAAGUGGCAGAGCUUCAAGGCCAAGCAGCGCAGCGACAAGCACACCACCCUCAAGAAGAAACUGGCCCUGCAGCAGCAGCUGAUCCAAGCCCAUGACGAGCUGCACUUUCAGCGGCAGGUGCAAGAGGAGCGGCGCCAGGCCGAGAUUCGCGAGGCCAAACGUCAGGAACGACGGCAGAUUCAAGAAGCUCUGACGCAGAGAGGCAAAAUUGACCUAGAGAGUGAAAGGCAAGAGGCUCGCACCAAGCGCCGCGCGGCAAGAAAACUGGCCACCAAGCUCCAGCAAGCGUCACUCGAGCCCGGAGACAAACAAGCGGGUCCCAGCACUGCCGCCGCUGCAGGGCCGGGGGUCGGCCGAACGCUGAGCGUCAUCCCGAGCCGAGGGGAGCCCCGCUCGGGCCGGCUGUCAGUGGUGUCUAGCAGCGACGAAGACGACUACGAUGAUGAUGAAGAAAAAGACGGAGAUGGAGCGGAGGGAGACGUUCUCCCGCAUCAGCAGGACUUGUACAAGAUCUUCGGCAGGAAGCAGGCAGCCUACUUCCUCCGGCCUCGAAUCGAGCCGGAGCAGACGAAAGUGGUGCCUGUUCCCCAGUCACUCCGAAAACAAGGAGGUCGUGCUGGUGUCACUGCCCUGUGGGGUACGCUGAGGGACAACUCCACGGUGAAGCUACAGAAGGCGGACUCCAAGAUCCCGCAGGAGCUCAAGGCUGCCUACGGUGCCUUCGUCAGGGAGUGCCUGACCAAUAACAAGACGGUGGCCAAGCGCAGCUUCUACAGUGAAGAAGGGAUUCCUGAUGGCGAGCAGUUACAGGACGGCAGCUACCACCAGCGGGUCAAAGACGUCCAGAAGAAAGUGGAGCUGAUGUACCGCGCUGCCAUGACUAACGAGGAUAAGGCAUCGGUCCUGCUCUUCAACAACCCGAUACCAGACUACAACAACUUGAAGGGCACAGAGGGGCCGCUACGGUACCACCCAUCCUGGAUUGAUGAGGGUGAUGAUGAUGAGGAAGAGGCUAGUUACAAGAAGUGGCUGCGCGAGAUGCCGUCGCCAAGACCCCAGCUUCCGCCAUUGGAGGACCUACCGCCCACCCCUCUUAAACCACAGCGGCCCGGCAGGGACCUUAAUGAAGACAACGAUGAUGUCGAUGAUGAUGAUUCAAUGAGCUGGGAUUCACUACCGGAUCUCCCCGGAGAAGAGGACCACCCAAAGACUGCCAAAGAGAAACCCAAGAAGCUCUCGUUUCUGACGGAGGCGGCCGCUACCGUCCCGGGGCAGUUCCGCAAGCGCUGGGAUGAGAAGCGAGAUGCGACUGGACGGUACAUCCCGGGGAAGGAGGUGAUGGCAAGAGCAUCUCUCGAAGAUGACGGCGGUGGUGACGGACAGGAUACAAAGACCAAAGCAGGUCCAAGUAAACUCCGUUCCAGCACGGCACCUCCCCUGUCCUCCUCAUUCACAUCUCAAUCCAGCAGCGGGCAGCGCAAGAUCCAGACUGCCCGUAAGGACUGGCAGCCGCUCAGCCUGACAGCCCUGGAGGACUACAAGCCGGCCGUUCACCUGCUGGGCCAGGGCGACUUUGCCCAGGGGCAGGAGUUCAUGUGGAAGCCCAUCGUGGCCACUGCGGCUGACAAGCAUUGACUUGUGGGUUGGGAUCAGGGAUUGACCCUGAAGUGAUCAUUGCGGCUUACAGGCUGCCUGUAUUUGUAUUUCCCGUCACAAGCCAAUAUACCCAUCAGGCCGAUGUUUAUCUCUGUUUCCUUGGCAUGAAAUGACUGAGAUAAUUUCUGUUCCACCUGGAUGGG